CACAUCGAAACCCCCCGGCCAUGCCCAUGCCCAGCAUCCUGUGGCAGGCACUCUUUUCAGCGCCAAAGAAAAAGGCUCCUGGCCCAACCAUCUCGUCUCGUUGCGAUCCAGCAUCGCAAAAGGCGCCUGAUCCGCCUCAUAGUGGGAAUGAGGAGGCUACCUGGGCCCUUGUUGGCGACAUCACCGUUCACAGCGCGGCCUGCGAAAGUGUCUCGAGGCCCGUCAUGGCCGCCGCAACUCCCAUCUAAUACCGCCUCUCUGUCGACCACUACGGCACCACGAACGGAGUCUUCCGACGGGAAACCACGAGCGCAACCCUUUCGGUUUGAGACAGGAGUCUCGCUCUUUGCCAAACGGGCCCCGCGACCUUUUCCGCCGCCGUUCCUCUCCCCUCCGUCGGGUUCCUUCUCCGAUCCGCUCAGCACUCAUCACCGAAGCCGCGAUCGCCGCGCCAGAGUUAACGGAGAAAUCAUCCUGGGACAGACAAAUGGGGAUGAUGCGGUGUUUGCUAGCGACAACUUCAUCUGCGCCAACGACGGUGUCGGCGCUUGGUCGACACGUCCCCGGGGACAUGCUGGUCUCUGGUCGCGCUUGAUUCUUCACUUCUGGGCCACGGCUGUGCAACAGGAUGCCGCUACUCCUCGUUCGCAGGAAAUCUACAGACCCGAUCCGGUAGCCUACCUCCAAAGGGCAUACGAGCAAACUCUGAAAGCGACAUCGGACCCCGACUGGCAAGGCACAACAACGGCAAGUGGAGCCCAGCUGCACUACAAAACCGUCGAUGGAAGCGGAGAGGUUCCUCAGGUCUAUGUGACCAACCUAGGCGACUGUCAAGUCAUGAUUCUGCGGCCUAAGCAUGACAAGGUUGUCUACAAAACCAAGGAGCAGUGGCAUUGGUUCGAUUGUCCACGCCAGCUCGGCACCAACAGUCCCGACACGCCGGAGAAAAACGCAGUCGUUGAUGUGGUGGAGCUUCAGGUUGGGGAUGUAGUCUUGGCCAUGUCAGACGGAGUCAUCGACAAUCUAUGGGAGCAUGAGAUCGUCAGCAGUAUCCAGGCCAGUAUACAACGCUGGGAGAACGGAGAAGGAGGAGCAGAUAGAUCCGAAGGAGAUCGGAAGGGGGGCGCAAACGGGGGCAUGAAGCUCGCCGCCGAGGAACUGGUGGCUGCUGCAAAGAAGAUUGCAACCGAUCCUUUUGCGGAAAGCCCUUUCAUGGAGCAUGCUAUAGAGGAGGGUCUGGCUAGUGAGGGGGGCAAGCUCGACGAUAUUAGCGUUGUUGCCGCUCUCGUGAGGAAGCAGGACACAUGAGAUUGGUACGGUACUAAGGGAAAGGGUCAUCGGAAAUUUAAAUAGAUUUAUGGGACGGGCUUCGGGAGGGCAAGGAUACAACAUUUUGGCAUUUGCCCUGUCCAAGUUUGACAGUGGCAACUUUGGGCGACAUAUGGCGUUCUGCGGGCCGUCGGCUUCGGUCAAGAUCUCAGGAAAGUGAAGGGCACAUUUAUAAAAUCAUGCUUAAUC